AGAAGCACAUUUGAUUCUCAGUAAAUUCCUUCUGCUUUUAUGAAUUAUAGGUAAAUAUUAAUGUGUUGAAUGUGUAUAAUGGCUCAAAUUCAUCGUAACUAACACUGCGAUUUAACGGACGAGUCUUUGUCUCCGAAAUGAUGUCGAUUAUCAUCGCUUUACUGGUGAACCUCCUCAUCGAGACCUCUGAGUCGUUCACUGUUGUGGUUCCUCGUGAUCAGAUAGUGGCUCAUGUCGGGUCCACAGUCACUCUGCCCUGCUGGAUCUCUCCUCCUGAGAACGCUGAAGUUCUGGAGAUCCGCUGGUACCGUCAUGAGUUCAGCAAACCAGUUCUCCUCUAUCAGCAUGGGAAGAUCCAGGAUCAGGAGGAAUCGUACAGGAACCGAAGCUCACUGACUCUGUGGUCAGAUCAGUCUGGUGGACUGAAGGAUGGAGACGUCUCUCUACGGCUGGAGAAACUCACAGUUCAGGAUGAAGGUUUAUUUCACUGUUAUGUCAGUGGAGAAAGUGCAUAUGACAGCAGAGAGGUGGUUCUCAAAGUCACUGUUCCACCAGAUUCAUCAGAUCCAUCAGAUUCACCAGAUCUAUGGAAGGCUCUUUUCUUCACCGUUCUCAUCUGUGCUCUUCUGGGUUUGGUUGGGCAGAUCCUGUACAGAUACAGACAGAAACUAACAGGGAAGAAACCAGAAGUUCAAAAUUGUGAGGAUGGAGCUAUGGAGAAACUGACAGAAGAAGCUGUUGGAGAGAUAAAUAUAGAAGAACUGAGGAAACAUGCAGUUAAGAUCACUAUUGACCAACAUUAUGUAUCUGCAGAUUUGAACAUUUCUAAGGACCGUAAAAUAGUGAUGCACAGUAAAGGAUAUAAACACACUGGAGAGGGAUUUCCCUACAAAUUAUAUGCAUUUGCAGCCCAAAAAUUUACAUCUGGACGUCACUAUUGGGAGGUUGCAUUGGCACGAGAAAAUACACCUCCUAAAAACUGCUGGUUACUUGGUGUGGCUAAAGAUGAAAAUUUUCGUUCAAAAGACAAAUCCUUAACUCCAUCAAACGGUUACUGGUUCUUGUGUUCAGACGGUCCUAAUGGUGUUCUCACCAACUCUGAUCCAUCAGUUACUCUCUCACUGACGCCGAGACCCGAACGCCUGGGAGUUCUGUUAGAUUAUGAUCUCGGUCAGCUGUCAUUUUACAAUGUCAAAGAGAGGAAACAUCUGCUGACCAUGAGCACCAGAUUCACUGGAUCAGUCGCUCCGCUGUUUAAUCCAGGAGUAGGAGAUAAGAGUCCGCUUAUAAUUCUGGAUUGUCCAGAACCUGUAGAAUCACCUGUAGAGUCCAGUGAACCUUUACUGAGUAUCAGCUCAGACGCCUGACUGACCAAUCCAGUGU